AUGUGCAUCACCAAUCUCGCCGCCAACCUCAAGUCGCUGGGUGAGACGCUGGAGGACACGCGGAUCAUAAAAAAGUUCCUACGUGUGGUGCCUCCUCAUUUCCACAGCGUGGUCGUCUCGAUCGAGAUGUUCUGUGAUCUAAAAAAACUCACGGUGGAGGAGUUGAUCGGGCAUCUGCGGGCGGCUGAGGAGAGGUUCGACGAGAAGGUCGAGCAGAUCACCGACAAGGCUGGGUGGUUGCUGUUGGCCGAAGAGGAUUGGCUUGAGAAGCACAAACAUCGCUUCCAGGUGGAUCGCAAGGAUGGCGGCGGCAGCGGGUCCGGUGGCGGCAGUACCGGGGCCACCAGCGGCAGUGCCGGUCACUGGAAGGCCAAGUCGGUGGCGCACUCUGAUGGCGGCGGCUCGGGAUCAGGCAGACUGACCUCCGAGGGCAUGCCACGGUGGAAGGGGCGCUGCCACAACUGCAAUAUCUAUGGCCAUUGGGCCGAGGAUUGCAAGCGCCCGAAAAGAGAAAAGAAGAAGAAGGAGGCCAAGCAGCCUAAGGCGAAUGUAGCUGUGCAGGGAGAUCAUGGGGCGGUGUUGCUGAUGGCGGCAGUGGCCAGCGUCCACUCAGGAAGUGCAUUUGCAGGUCAGAAUCAAGCUGGUACACCAUCAACUAAUGCCUCUAAAGAAACUUGGGGAGCACCACUGAGAUUUAGAAGUCUGAAUGACUUGUUUGACUCCACUGAAAUGAUACACGAUUUUGAAUAUAGUGGUGUGUGCAUGCUGGCUGCUGAUGAGCCAAUGAUGAACAGCUUCAACAUGAGUGAUCUAGGAUUGUUGAGCUACUAUCUUGGCAUGGAAGUGAAACAACAACCAGGAGAAAUCACCAUCUGUCAAAGCUCAUAUGCAGAGAAAAUUGUUGAAAUCUGUGGUAUGAAAGGGUGCAAUCCAAUUGGAUACCCCAAUGGAGCAACAUGUAAAGUUGUUGCACGGGAAACCUGA